AUGGCUGGUUAUGUUGGGGUGUUUGUGUCAGAUCCAUGGCUCCAGAAUCAAUUCACUCAAGUAGAGCUCCGGAGCUUGAAAACCCACUUCAUGGCAAUGAGGAGGGAGAAUAGCGGUGGCUUGAAGGUGGCUGACUUGCCGGGGAAAAUGUCUAGAAUAAAACAUGUCGGAGAGAAUCUUACGGAGCAGGAGAGAUCUUCAUUUCUUCAGGAUUCAUAUCAGAAUUUGGAAGAUGAAGUUGAUUUCGAACUCUUUCUUCGGGUUUAUUUGAAACUCCUGGCGCUUGCAACAGAAAGGAGAGGAAGUGGCGCAAAAAAUGCAUCUGCAUUUCUUAAGUCUCCAACUUCUACACUGCUUCAUACAAUAAGUGAAUCUGAGAAGGCAUCAUAUGUUGCACAUAUCAAUAACUAUCUUGCGGAAGAUACAUUUUUAAAGAAAUACCUUCCCCUAGAACCUUCAGCAAAUGAUCUCUUUGAGAUUGCCAAGGAUGGAGUUCUUAUCUGUAAGCUUAUUAACGUUGCCGUACCGGGAACAAUUGAUGAACGGGCUAUCAAUACAAAGAGGGAGCUUAAUCCAUGGGAGAGGAAUGAGAAUCAUACCUUAUGCCUGAACUCUGCCAAGGCAAUUGGGUGUACUGUUGUCAAUAUAGGGACACAAGACUUUAUUGAAGGAAGGAGACACCUUGUUCUCGGAUUGAUAUCUCAAAUUAUUAAGAUACAACUGUUGGCAGACCUCAACUUAAAGAAAACGCCGCAGUUGGUGGAGCUGGUUGAUGAUAGUAAGGACGUGGAGGAGCUCAUGAGUCUAGCUCCAGAAAAGAUCUUACUUAGGUGGAUGAACUUUCAGUUGAAAAAGGCAGGAUACACGAAGACAGUCACAAACUUCUCAUCUGAUGUAAAGGAUGCAGAGGCUUAUGCACAUCUUUUGAAUGUCCUAGCACCAGAACACAGCAAUCCAUUAACACUGAAAGUAAAAGAUCCUUUAGAAAGAGCAAAGUUAGUUCUCGAGCAUGCUGAUAGGAUGGGUUGCAAGAGAUACCUAACAGCAAAAGAUAUUGUAGAAGGUUCUCCAAAUCUUAACCUUGCUUUUGUGGCACAUAUCUUCCAGCACAGGAAUGGACUCUCAACCCAAACAAAACAAAUAUCUUUUCUCGAAACUUUGCCAGAUGACACCCAAAUCUCCAGAGAAGAGAGAUCAUUCCGCUUUUGGAUAAAUAGUCUGGGAAAUUCCACAUACAUUGACAAUAUUUUUGAAGAUGUCAGAAAUGGAUGGGUUCUCCUAGAGACGCUAGACAAAGUAUCCCCAGGGAUUGUCAACUGGAAAAUAGCUACUAAGCCACCAAUUAAAAUGCCAUUCAGAAAAGUAGAAAACUGCAACCAAGUUGUCAAGAUUGGGAAACAGCUGAAGUUCUCCCUGGUCAAUAUCGCUGGAAAUGACAUUGUUCAAGGAAAUAAGAAACUAAUACUGGCCUAUCUAUGGCAGCUAAUGCGAUUCAACAUCCUUCAACUCUUGAAGAACUUAAGAUUCCAUUCCCAUGGGAAGGAAAUUGUUGAUGCUGACAUUUUAGAGUGGGCAAACGCCAAAGUAAGAAAUUCAGGAGGCCAGACCCGCAUGGCCAGUUUUAAGGAUAAGAGUUUGUCAGGCGGAAUAUUUUUCCUUGAGCUGCUUAGUGCCGUACUACCUCGAUCUGUCAACUGGAGUCUAGUUACGAAAGGACAAAGUGAGGAGGAGAAAAAGAUGAACGCAACCUACAUUAUCAGUAUAGCAAGGAAGCUUGGGUGCUCUAUAUUUUUGCUUCCUGAAGAUAUUAUCGAGGUAAACCAAAAGAUGAUCCUAACAUUGACAGCAAGUAUUAUGUACUGGACCUUAAAACCACCUCUUGAAGAGAGGCCCUGUGGAUCUUCAGAUAGUGAGAGUGGAAGCAUUUUGGAUACGACCUCAAACUCGACUACAGACGAUACGGCUUCUGAAUCGUCAACAGAUGAUAACAGCAUAAACUAA